UUCGCAAGGGCUGGGCUUGCUGGCGCCUCUGGGCGGGCUGAGGCUCCUCGUGCCGGGAGGGCUCCAGGCGAUGCGGGUCGCCCGCCCCAAAGCCUUGGCCGUUUUGCAGAGCCGGAGGGAGGGAGGGAGGGAGGCUGCCUGGUGCUGGCCAGGUUCAUCUUCCGGGGACACAUUAGGUUAUUCAAAUAAACAGGUACAUUUCCCACCUGAUUUUCAAAGUGACAACAUCACUGGAAAAAGCGACUUACGACACAGCAUCCCUGUGUGGUCAAAAUCCGGACAGUUGGCCACGGACUCCCAUUUCUGACUGUUGCAGUGUCCCAGGAUCAUCCUUCCCACGAGCAAAGUCAACGGGGAAGCCAGAUUCAUUUAACAACCAAGUUACUAAUUUAACAACUGCAGUGAUUCGCUUAACAACGGUGGCAAGAAAUAUCGUAAAUGGGGCCAAAACCCACUUAACAAAUGGCUCAUUUAGCAACAUCAAUUUUGGGCUCAAUUGUGAUCAUAAUCGAGGACUACCUGUAAAAGGUAGAAAAAAUUGAGGCUCAAGAUAUCAGGAGCAGUUCUUUUUCUGAAAUUCUUGCGGCUAAUUCAGAAUUUGCAGGAUGGAUACUGAAGCAGAAUGACAUUAAAGAAGGUGCCAGAACUGAAAUAAAACGUUUAUUAAAAUUGUCCCCAUUGAAGCACCAGGAGCCUUCCCCAGUCUUUCAUGGUGAGCCCAAGUGAUGGGGAUGGUCUGUCUCCAAAGAGCCUGUUCGGGGUGAUAUGGUUAAGGUACUGGCCUAGAAAGCAGAAAAUUGAGUUCUAGUCUCGCCUUAGGCAUGAAAACCAGCUGGGUGACUUUGGGCUAGUCUAUCUCAUCCCAACCCGCCUCAAAGGGUUGUUGUCAUCUUAGGAGGAAGGAUCAUUAUGUAUGUUUACCGCCUUGAGUUGCUUGCAAAGCAAUAAGGUAUAAAAAUCUAAUCAAUGUCAACUUGCAAGGAGGUGACUUUUGUUGAGCAAUUUAUAUAGGUAGCCCUGUAAUCUCUCCCCCUCUCUUCCGAGUUGCCUUGUUAGACAUCAGCAAGGGAAAGCUGCGUAUUAAUGAGGAUUAAGUGUCCAACAAGUAUUAGAUGCCUUUUACAACAAAGAGGGAAAUAAUUAACCUAACUGGAGUUAGAGCAGAAAAUGUGUUACGUUUUGCAAGAGUAACUCUGAAGAGCUAGCAGCCUCUUCCAGGGGCUAAUUAAAAAAAACCUGGGCCAUUCAGAAGAAGAGGUAUAAGAAGGCAACAGGGAGAGAAAUGUUAGUCCUUCCAAGGCUGCUUCGAUUACUUGCCCGGAGCUACAUUAGUGGAAAGGCUCAUAGACAAAGUUUGUCUUGAGGGUUAAUUUUUGUAGCUUGAACCAAGGUGAUUGUGCCAGGAGGAAACGGGGCAGGUUAGUUCUCCUCUGAAGGAGAGCCCCUUCCCUGCCUUAAAAGCAUUUCUACUGCCUGGCUCUUCCUUCCCUCCUUCCCUUCUGGGCAGCAUUCCAAGCUCUGUUGGCGUCCUUUAAGGACCUUUGCCCUUUGGGACCUACUUACUGCUGGAGUGUGAUGAAACCAAAUAUUGAGGCUCCUGCUGGAGCAGCCCCGUCUCUGGGAGGAGGGCCUUCUGCACAGGGGCAGCCUGGGGAGGUCGGUGUAAGAGCUUCUCUUCAGAGGCCAGGCGGACUUUAUUGUAUUUGCCCGGGCUUUAAACUGAACUGUGAUUCUCGUUUUCUUAACAUCGAUGGCUCCUCUGGCACACCUGCUACUUCGAGCAGGUAACAGUCCUGGUAUUUUGUUCUUCUGUCCAUAAGCUAAUACAUCUCAAAGGUGUAAUGGAAAACUAUUGUGCUUCGGUUCUUACCUAGAAAUGGGAAGGGAUUCUUGGUUUUUAAUCUGCCUGCUGUGCCCAGAUGGUCUUGUGCCCAAAUAGGUAAGUAUUUUUAUGCUGAACUUGCCUUCUCCGAUGGGCAGCAUUUGACGCGUGUUCUCUGUGUCUCUCAGCUUGCAGAAGAACAUCUUUGAGCUCAGUGUGGCCUGCUGAGAUCUGAAGGCAGGCAGGCGAGAGAGCCAGUCCUGACGCAGGAGGUUGCUUGUUCCAGGAAGACCUUGAUCCGCUCUGUUUGGUCUUGGACUAUUUGAGUUCAGAGGUCAGAACAAGGAGUGGAAAAAAAACCCUCACUAAUCUUUACAUUCUGGGCACGAACUCUGUUUAUUACAGGCUGACUCUGCGGGGGUUCCAUUGUCGAUGGGUGCAUUUAUACUGAACUCUGUGUCCAGCCUGGCCCUCCAGUUAAUCAUUCUCCAGAAAGCAGCCAUGAGCGCAGUUGAAAUCAAGCCAGAACUUCGACAAAGCCUCUGCCCAGCAGAGACGCAGACAGACAGUCAGGCAGCUGCUGGCUCCCUCUUUUGAACCCUUGGCUGCCACCCUUCCUCUCCCCUCGGUCAGCAACUCUGUUGCGCCUGCAGUUUGGACUCUUAAAAGCAGAACAGCCUACUCCUUCCCUCCACUCUUUUUCUUAAGCUUUGGAAGCACAAGCCCACCCAACAAUGGCGGGAAAGAAUUAUAGCUAUCACCGGUUUGUCAUAUUCACUGCUAUGUAUGUUGGAUACACCUUGUACUAUUUCAACAGAAAAACCUUCUCCUUCGUGAUGCCUUCAAUCAUGGAAGAGGUACAAUUGGACAAAGAUGAUUUAGGUCUCAUCACCAGCAGCCAAUCUGCCGCUUAUGCCAUUAGCAAGUUUGUGAGUGGUGUCCUCUCAGACCAACUGAGUGCCCGCUGGCUGUUCUCUUCCGGCCUCCUUCUGGUGGGAUUGGUCAACGUGCUGUUUUCUUGGAGUUCUACCGUUGCCCUGUUUGCAGGACUGUGGUUCUUCAACGGGCUGGCCCAAGGCCUGGGCUGGCCCCCCUGUGGCAAAGUGCUGCGCAAGUGGUUUGAACCUUCCCAGUUUGGGACUUGGUGGGCCAUCCUCUCCACCAGCAUGAAUCUGGCCGGAGGGAUCGGACCCAUUGUGGCAGCGUUGAUGGCACUGAGUUAUGCCUGGCGCACCAUUCUGGCCUUCUCUGGCUCACUGUGUGUGGUUGCCUCCUUGGUGUGCCUGCUCCUGAUUAAGAAUGAGCCUUCGGAUGUGGGACUGCCCAACCUUGACUCUAAGCCCAAGAAAGGAAAACAAGACUCCUCGAAGGAUGACAGCACCUUGGCUGAGCUGCUGUGUUCUCCCUACCUCUGGGUCCUUUCUUCUGGCUAUCUGGUGGUGUUUGGUGUGAAGACGUGUUGCACUGACUGGGGACAGCUAUUUCUCAUUCAGGAGAGAGGACAGUCUGCCCUUGUGGGCAGUUCCUAUAUGAGUGCCUUGGAAAUUGGGGGCCUCGUGGGCAGCAUUGCUGCUGGUUACCUUUCGGACCGUGCAGUGGCCAGGGUGGGUCUCUCAAUCUACGGAAACCCUCGGCAUCCCCUGCUCCUCCUGAUGAUGGCCGGCAUGGCUGCCUCGUUGUUCCUUUUUCGAGUCACCGUAACUGACAGCUCCCCCAAGGGAAAUUAUUCUUGGAAUCAAUUCCUCUAUCCUCUGGCUGAUCUUGUGGGCCUUACAGAACAUGAGCUCUGGAUCCUGCUCUUAGGAGCCAUCUUUGGAUUUUGCUCUUAUGGACCAAUUGCACUGUUUGGCGUCAUAGCCAAUGAGAGCGCGCCAUCCAACCUGUGUGGCACAUCUCAUGCCAUUGUUGCCCUAAUGGCUAACGUGGGAGGCUUCCUGGCUGGCCUGCCUUUCAGCACAAUUGCCAAAUACUACAGCUGGGGAACAGCCUUCUGGGUAGUGGAGCUGAUCUGCAUAGCCAGCACUGUGGCCUUUUUCCUUCUGAGAAAUAUCUGCACCAAGAUGGGUCGCGUGCCAAAGAAAGUGGACUGAAAGGCCCCACGACUUGGCUCCUUUGCAGCCAGGACUUCAGAAAGAAAAAAGGUAGAUGCUCUAAGCAGGUUUACUGCCUGCCUUUACAAAGUGGUGGCAAAAUCUCACCUGGUUGUUACUGCCAGUUCUCAUCCUUCAAAACCUAAUGGAGGCCCUCAGGAGCCUGUCACAGCCUCUGCUGGGUUCACUGGCAGCGCCCAGCAGUGGGGACGGAGCAGCUGAAUAGAAGUUUCACUUUGAGAAAUUGCUUCACACGUACACACACCCUUUUGGUAUGUGUUCUCAUUUCCUACGUUAGAUUUUCAAUUGACAUUUUCCAAAUCAUCUCACAAAUUACACUCAGGUAUAACCAAACAGGAAAUAAGUUAGAAAAAAAGGGAGCCAUACUUACUCCGUUUAGGUUCAGUCGAUAGCAGGUAAGUUUAGAAGUAGACUAAAAACUACUUUUAGAAUUUGAGAAAGAGUAACCCUCAGAUCAAACUUUAUUGACUGUAUCACAAGUAUCAGUAUAAACUGAGGGGUUUGAUGCCCCAUGUCUUUAAUAGAAGAAAAGCAGUAUUAAACUGCUGGGGUUGGAACUGCCUAACAAUUCUGCAGCCAUGAAGAUCUCCAGAUGUAAUUAGAUGCCUUUAGGAAUAAAUCUUGCUACAUUUACUAUAAUAGCUUCUAAACUAUGACUGUUAUAUGGAAUGCGUAUGUCAACAAAAAUAAAGAAUUGUCCAGUAAAAGUUGUGUGCCCGUCUGAAGAAUUGCUGGGAAUCAGGUGACAUCUACCAUAAUAACAUCUGCUUAUCCUAGGUCUUUGGGAAGGAUUUAAUAGGUGGAAAAAUGACAAAUUCAGUCUAAACAUCUGGCUGAUUGAGUGACCGUAAUAAUAAAUGUUGUUGGAUGUCAGUUUAUCCUGAAGUCAAGAUUAAAAUCAUCUUUCUUUAAAGAAUAUUUUAUUUCCGCAUGCAAUAAAGAAAGUGCCAAGCAUAAAUUAAACACAUGCAUGUAGCCAACAAGGUUUCCUUCUAACUUCCAGCAGCAGAAGUUGUCCAAACAAGGACGGAGUAGAGCAAUUUGACUCUGGAAUUGCUGGAAAGCCUUUCUGGUCCCAAGAUCCAAACCGUCCAUUGGGCAACUGAAGUGGAAGAACUUCCUCCUAUAACCCUGGGACAAAGGGGCCUGCCUUCUCUGCUACCUCCAGUGCAAGUUUCAAGUUUUGAUCAAAGAGCUCACAUCUGAAAUAGUAGCAUAACAGAAGCAGACUUAGAAUAAAAGGCCACCCUUGCUUCAUA